AUGAAGCUCCACCGGGAAGCGGGCCGCCAACUGGCGACACAGAUCACAAUCUCCGGCAUCCUGUCUCCUUGGGCCCAGGACACCCUCGCCCCAUUCCCAUCUUUUGUGACUGCCACCUUUGGCGAGGCCACGCUCAACACGUUCUUCUCGUUGCCGACCAACGGCCCGUUUGAGAACGACGAGCAAACGUUCUUCCUCCUCGGAGCGAUCGAUCAGUACGAUGCCAUCACCGAGGCCAUGCGUACCUUUAUCGGGAUGGACGUCACGCUCAUGCGAACCAUCGCCCAUCGCCCAUCGCCCCGACAGCAACUGCCUGAUUCAGCGUCUGCUGUCGAGACGGUUUGGUCACCUCAACCCAACUAG